AUGAAAAUGGAAAAUACUCAAAUCCAAAAGGAAAUCGACACUAAAGAGCAAGAGCUCAAAGACAAAAUUGGCGAAGAGAAACUCAGCCAGAUUGAGUCCAUGAUCAAUGAAAAGGGGAUGGACAUUACUAUUGUAGAUCUCAACGGAAGAAAGAUCCCACUUGGAGCUAUCCAACUUGAACUUGCAAUUGAGCUCAGAGAAUGCCUCAAUGAUAAUGUAAAUACAUGCUUCUACACCAACUAUUAUUUUGAACACUGUGGAAAGAGAUUAAAUGAUUAUGAUGAAUUGACUACACUUGAUUUCUCAAAGGAUAACGAGAUCUACAUGAAGCCUGACUUGUACAACGAAAGGACAGCCAGAAAUCAUUAUAAGAGGUUUAAAGAAAUCUUGUACUCACCAAGUGUAUUGAACUUAUCUAACGAUAUUACAAAUUCUCUUUCAAAUGCUAUUAACUCUGUCACAAAGCCACAGGAAACUGAAGCUCCUAGCAGUGAAGGUACCCCAUCAGAGACUCAGAAUGAUACAACCCAGGCAGAGUCCCAACCAGAGAGUACCGAAGACAAGAAGGAAGAUUCAAAGACUGAAGAAAAUAAGGAGGAGAAUAAAGAUUCUGAAAACACUACAAAUGAUGAAGCUAAAAAGCAGCAAGAAGAGUACAAUAAAAUUAUGAAUGAUGUUAAAACCUCAAUUGAAGAGGCUAAGAAGAAUACCGCACCUCCAAGCACUAAUGAAGCAGUCGUUGAUUUUGAAAAAGUAUUUUCCACUCCUUUAGAUAAGGAUGUUGUUGAGUUCUCACCAGUAAAGUGUUUGGACUAUAUUGAAUUCUCCAUUUUCAAUCCAGUUCCUUCUGCUCAUGCUUUGAAGGGAGAUCUCUUCUACCUUAAAGCUAGAACACUUGAAGGACCUGAGAUUGUCAUCACAAGUAAUGUGAAAGGGUUCUUCAUCAACAAUAGUUUUGAGAAUAGCACUUUUGAUCCAAGAAUGAGUCAGAGAACUAGCCCAUGCUUCUCACAUUCAUUGGUCGGCUUAUUGAUCCAGACUAGUCCUAAAUUUGCAGAGAAAUUAGAAGAGCAUAUCAAUAAAAUUUUAAAGACAGACCCAUUCACAAUCUCUCAGCUUAUGCUUCCUUCUUCAGAGUGGCUCUCCGAGCAAAAUGGAGUCAGGUACCCCACAGAGGCCUUCAAAUCCAUUCAUGAAGAAGCUACUAGCGGAUAUUAUGGAAUUGAUUCAAAAGGAUCUAGAGACUGGAAUGAAGAAUUCCAAGUCUGCAAGGACCUUCCAAAGGACCAUAUCUUUCAACGUAUUCAGAGAGAUAGAGCUUUCUAUAAAAUCUAUUACGACUUCACUGAAGCUGCUCAAAAGGGAGCCAUUGCUAUUGUUAACAAGAGCAUCCCACCUUUGAACCCAAUGGAUGAAGAAAAUCAGCAUGUGUUUGUAUACAACCAGAUUUUCUUCAGUUUUGCAGUUGACAAUAAGGAGAACUAUAAAGAUGUCUCCUCUAACGACUCCAACCCAACCUAUACUGCUACUAAUCAUGAUAUGCUUGGUUUGAAGACAUUACAGGUCAUCGAUAUAGAUGGAGUAUACAUUAUCGCAACCUGUCAUGUAAACUACAAGGGAUACAGAGUUGUUGCUCAAAGCAUCAUUCCUGGAAUUCUUACCAACACAGAUCAGAGCACUCUCACAGAGUUUGGCUCAGUUGACGACGGCAAGACCAUCUAUCACACUGAAGAGUUCACUGAAGUUAUGAAGAAAGUCUGCGAUCAGCUCUCUAUCAAAGAAGCCACAAUUCUGGACGAAGCUGAGGUAAAACACGUUAUUCCUGGUUCCAUCGAUAUUAAAGGAAUCAAAGGGACUGAUAAGAGGAAGUACUUACUCGAUCUAGUCCGUUUGACUCCUAGAGACACCAACUACAAAGGAAAGAACAACACUUCUGCCUUGAUCAGGCCGGAACUAGUCAGGAUUUACCAAAAGGCAAAGGAUAUUGAGUAUGCCACCACAAUGGAAAAACAGAACGAAGAACCUGAAAUCGAAGAGGAAAAGUCUGAAGAGAAGAAAUUCUCAGAAAUGACUGAAGAAGAAAAGAAGCAAGCCAUUGACGACAACAAAAAGAGAAUGGAGGAAAGAAGGCAAAAACAAAUCGAGAGACUUCAGAGAUUUGAGAAACAUAUGAAGGAAGCUCCACAAUUCAGCUAUAAUUUGAACCUCUUCACUAACGCUAAGCUAGCUGAAGGAGAUUAUACUGAAGAAGAGAAGCAAGUUAGGGAUCUGGGCAACUAUAUUAAUGAUGUUAUCAUCCCAAGAGUUGUGAAGAAUUUUGAAAUCGGAGAAAAUGUGCCAACUGACAAUCAAUCUCUUAGUGAGAUCUUCCACAGCCAAGGACUCAACAUUAGAUACAUUGGAAAGGUAGCAAACUCAUUAAGCGAAGGAAAACUCCAGUAUAUCAGAACCCUUCUUGAGAGAUGCAUGAUCGUUAGAAGCACUGCUAAGGUUUUCAAUGAUCUUAUCAGAGGUGUAGCUAGCUCCAAAGCAUCUCAAUUUAUUGCUCACCUUCUCAACAUUCUCUUAGCUCCAGCUGAUAUCAUCCAAAAACUUGAUGCUGGAGAGAAUGUUGACUCUGAAGAAACCAACAAAGAAGAGACUAAGAAGGAGGUCAAAGAAGUCCAAGAAACAAAGCAGAAGAAAGGCAAGAACAAAUCUAAGAAAAAUAAAAAGAAUAAAAAUCAUGAUGAAGAUGUUACAAAGGAUGAGCCCAAACUUUUUGAAAUUAAAUCCCUCUAUACUAAAAACUUUAAGAGCUUGAUAGAUGAUAACAAGAACAGUAAAUAUCUCUCAAUGAAGCCUAGUGAGUUUUACCAAAAGAUAACUUACCUCGUUAAGAAAAGGUAUGGAUAUGACCUCCCUGCUAAACUUGAAGACAAUGAGUGCAGAAAGACAUACAAGAACAAGGCUGCCCUCCUCAGGGAUCUUUGUAUCAAGAUUGGACUCAAGAUCCACUCAAAGAACUAUAACUUUGAAGAAAUCAGCACUGAAGAGACCAAGGUUGAUGAGAAGAGACUUCUCCCAUUCACUGAAAAAGAUGUAGUAGAGAUUGUUCCAAAGGUAAAGACUUUCGAAAUCGUCAACUUGGAUUACAAGAACUUCAUUGGUACUGCUAAGGCUGCUCUCAAGGAUGGAUUCUAUGAUCAAGCCUUCGAGUUCUACAAUCAAGCUAUUAACAUUAAUCUCCAAGUUUCAGGCCCAAUCAACAAGGAAGCAGUUAUUUGCCUCUCUCAAUUGGCAAAUAUCCACUUCAAAUUCGGAGAUUACAAUCAGGCUGUCCAACUUCAAACAAAAUGUGUGAUUUUGAGUGAGAAAUUAUUUGGAAAAAUUCAUACUAGAACUGCUCAGGCUUACUCCAGCUUAGCUAAUAUUACUACUAUUAGUAACUAUACUAAGGCCUUUGAAUACAUGAAGAGAGCUUUGUACAUCCAUGAAAUGGUCUGUGGAGAUAACCAUCCUGAAAUUUCAUCAACUUAUUCAAGCCUUGGCUUUAUGUAUUUGGAGAUUGAUGACUCUCAAUCAGCCCUUGAUUGCUUCAGACAAUCAUUGUAUAGAAAUAUUGCAAUGUAUGGAGAAGAACAUGUGCAGGUUGCUAAUUGUUAUCAAAUCAUUGCCAGCGCUUACCAGAACCAUGAACAGUUCAGACAAGCUCUUGAGUACCAAGAGAAAUCUCACAACAUCCUUGUAAGACUCUAUGGUGAGAAUGAUCCUAUUGUGAAGAACAGUCUUUCUUCAAUUGACCAAUACACUAAACUGUCUGUUCAAAAAGAGAUUAUCAAGAAGGUUGAGCAAAGAAACCAAAGACCCUUAGGCAUGAAUAAGAAGCCCAAGCAGGGAAAGAAACAAGAUAUGAAGAACUCGAUUAACCUCGCCCAAUGGUUGAACAUGAGCAAACACCCAAGCUUUAAAGGUUUCCAGUACAACCUUGCCGGCGCUAAGACUAAUAAAUAAAUUCUAAGAUGGCCAAUAACAAA